CCGGUUGGCGCCAUUGGCCGGGCCCGUUAAAGGCGCUCUAGCCCGCCGCCUGCCCCUCUCUCGCUGCUCGCGGCGCUCGGCGGUGCCUGGCGGACGCGCUGUCGGGCCGCCCUGGCAGGGGGCGCCCUGCGCCGCGGCGGCGACGCUCUAGGCGGCGGCGGCGGGGCCGGCAGCAUGUCGGCGUCGGAGGAGUACUCGUCGGGGGAGGACGAGGACUACGUGCCCUCGGGGGCGGAGUACAGCGAGGACGACGCGAGCGAGCUGGUGGCGGAGGAGGCGGCGGCGAGCCCGCGGCCGGGCGGCGGCGGCAGGAGGAGCCCGCGGCGCGCCGCCGGCAGGAAGAAGAAGAAAAGAGGCCUCUUGCUAGAGGCAGGUGAAAAAGAGGAAGAAAAGGCUCAGCAAAACAACAAGGAGAAGGAGGAAGCGGACAACUUAAAGCAGGCCGAAAGGGACAGAGAAGAAGAAGAAAAAAAGAAAGAGGAUGCUCUUUGGGCCAGUUUCCUUAGCGAUGUGGGACAGAAACCUAAAGUGUUGGCUGCCAAACAAGUGACACAAACUAGCAAGGCUGAAGAAAAGAGUGUGAACAAGCUUCAGGAGAAAUCAAAAGAAUCUGAGAAGCCAAAAGAUGCAGGAAAACUGACAAUCACUAAAGUGUUUGAUUUUGCGGGUGAAGAAGUCAGAGUGACUAAGGAAGUGGAUGCAACCUCAAAAGAAGCUAAAUCUUUUCUGAAGCAACAAGAGAAAAUGCAGUCAGGAGCUCCAGCUUCCCUUCCAACAGUCUCUGGGGUAAAGAGGCCAGGUGGUAUGAGCAGCCUUCUUGGAAAGAUUACCUCCAAAAAGCAGAAGAUGAGCACACUGGAGAAAUCCAAACUGGACUGGGAGAACUUCAAGGAGGAGGAGGGCAUUGGGGAGGAGCUGGCAAUCCAUAACCGAGGGAAAGACGGGUACAUCGAGAGGAAGGCCUUCCUGGAGCGGGUCGAUCACAGGCAGUUUGAGAUCGAACGCGACAUCAGGCUGAGCAGGAUGAAGCCCUGAGGUGCCAGCGGGUGGCCGCAGCGGGUCCUGCUCGCUCCCGUGCCAGAGCCCCGGCCGCGGGCUGCCGGCCACCUGCCGACCGCGAGGCACAGCAGCCGUUCUCCACCCAAGACUCGGCCUGUAUCUCUUAACAGGUUUUUCCUUUCACUGUAAUAGUUUGGGGAGGGUAUUUGUCGGCGAGCGGGGGGCGCUUUGAGGGUUAAACGGCCCGGCACAUGACAGAGGCGACUGGCAUGGCUCCGGCAGGCAGCUCUGCGAGCGCCAGCUCCGUGCGGUGGCCGCGGCCCUGCUGCUCUGCCAGCUCCGCGCGCUUCUGGCGGAGCGGACAGGCCGGGAGCUGGCCUGGCGCUGGAGCGGGGGGCUCGCGCGGGCAGCCGCGGCCCGGCGAGGGCGGGCGCCGGCGCCCAAGCGCCUGCAGAGCCGGAAAAGCCGGCGGCGGCUCAGCUGGUGCGUUUGCUCGCGAGAGAGCCGCUCGGAGCCGCGGGAAGGUUUCGGGGCCGCCGGGCGCGCGUGAGCCCUGGGAUGCAGGGCUGGAGCCCUUCUCGCCCCUCUCCAGCGCCGCCUCCCCCGCCGCCUUCCCUGCUCUUGCCCAGACAAAGCUGGACUGUCUGUACGCGUUUACGGGAUCUGAGGAUACUGGGGGAUUUUUAAGCAAGCCGAUGAGGAAGCCCCUGCUUGUUCUCUCUGUCCAGAAGACGGAGCAGCUGCGGCGGUCGGGGCGGGCCAGGACCCGAGCGUGCACGUGAAUAAAGCGAUCCAUCCCAGCGCU